GAAGAAGAUAUUUUGACGCGGAAUGCAGCGCUGGUAAACUCUAGCGUCUAAGAAUUAUUUUGUGUUGCUCUGCACGUCAUCAUAACGUUUCGCGAGCACUGCAGUCACGCAGUCUGUUUUUGUUUCCUAAACGCGCUUGCUGCGUAUGCUCAGGUAGGCUAGUGAUUUUGUCAGCCCGUCUGCAAACAAAUUCUUAUAAACAUUAACUUACUGGGUUGAUCGAUAAAGCGCUUUUGAGGCAUUAACAAAUGCCUUCACGCUUUUAAACGCAUGCACCACUCUCUAGAACACAUAACCAGAAAGUUACAGUUAGCUGCUGUUCCACGUGGCUCUGUUUUUGUCUACAAGCGGUGAAAUGGCAGAAGCCAGUAUUUCAUUGGGCGAGGAUCAGUUCAGCUGUUCAAUCUGUCUGGAUCUACUGAAGGAUCCGGUGACCAUCCCCUGUGGACACAGCUACUGCAUGAAGUGCAUCACAGAAUGCUGGAAUCAAGAUGAUCAGAACAGAGUUUACAGCUGCCCUCAGUGCAGACACACAUUCACUACAAGACCUGAUUUAAACAAGAAUGUGUUGCUGGCUGAAAUGGUAGAGAAGCUAAAGAAGACAAAAGCCCAAACGACUCAGAGUUAUGCUGGACCUGGAGAUGUGGAGUGUGACAUCUGCACAGGGAGAAAAUAUAAAGCCGUCAGGUCCUGUCUGAUGUGUCUAAACUCGUACUGUCAGUGUCACCUACAGCAACAUGACAGUUUCUUUAAAGAUAACAAACACAGUUUCAUUAAUGCCACUGGACAACUCAAGGAGAUGAUCUGCUCUCAACAUAACAGACUGCUGGAGGUUUACUGUCGCAAAGACCAACAAUGUAUUUGUUUGUUGUGUACAAUGAAUGAACACAAAAAUCAUCACACUAUUUCAACUAAAGCUGAGAGGACUGAGCAACAGAAACAGCUUUGGGACAUAGAAAAAAAGUUCCAGAAGAGGAUCCAGGAAAGAGAGAACGAGAUUCAGGAGCUGAAAGGGGCUGUGAAGACUUAUAAAGACUCUGCAAAGGCAGCAGUGAAGGACAGCGAGAGGAUUUUUAAUGAUCAGGGGCCCCUGAUCUGCUCCAUUGAGAGUAGACGCUCUGAAGUGAUACAGAUAAUCAGAGAUCGAGAAAAGACUGAAGUGAGGCGAGCUGAAGGACUCUUAGAGCAACUGAAGCAGGAGAUUGAUGAUCUGAGGAGGAAAUAUGCUGAGCUGCAGCAGCUUUUACACACAGACAAUCACAUCCAUUUCCUACAGCAUUUCCAGUCUCUCUCUGUUCCUCCUGUGGCUAGAGACAACAUUGAUGUCUCUUCACUUCUCUCUUAUGAUGAUGUUUAUGAAUCUGUCUCUGUGCUAAGAGAGAAAUUUGAGGACCUCUGUAAGGAAGCAACAGAAAAUAUAUAUGUUAUACCACACAUGGAGAUUAUUACCACCUCUGAACUCAGGACCAGAGAUGAGUUUUUGCAGUAUUCCCGCCAACUCACUCUGAAUCCGAACACUGCGCAUAAAUAUCUCUGUCUGUCUGAAGGCAAUAGAGUGGCUACAUUUAUUGGGGCUGAUCAGCAGUAUCCUGUUCAUCCAGACCGAUUUCAUGGUUUUUCUCAGGUGUUGUGUAGAGAGAGUAUUUGUGGCCGCUGUUACUGGGAGGUGGAGUGGAGUGGGAUGGCUGGUGUGGGAAUCUCAGUGUCGUACAAGAGCAUCAGCAGGAAGGGGGGAGGAUUUGAGUGUGUAUUUGGAUUUAAUAAUCAGUCCUGGAGAUUGUCCUGCUCUGAUUCCAGGUGCACAUUCAGACACAAUCAGAAAACAAUUAAACUCCCUAUGUUCUACAGUUCAUCUAGAAUAGGAGUGUAUGUGGAUCACAGUGCAGGGAUUCUGUCCUUCUACAGAGUCUCUGACAGAAUGACCCUGAUCCACAGAAUCCAGACAACAUUCACUCAACCGCUCUAUCCAGAGUUUGGGAUCAAUUUUGGAUCAACACUGAAACUGUCCUCUGUAGAGAUUCUGUGAAAAACAGUGUCAUACAAUACAAAAGCAGCUCCUUACAACUUUCCAGUGACAAUCCCAAAUACAGCUUACCAAACUAGAAAGUGGAUUCAUUAGAUACCUCACUACAACACAAACUGUACA